AGUUUCAAAUAUUUACCGGUGCGGUAGUGCGACAUACUCAUUGGCUCUCGAAGCGCUUUCUUCAUGUUUUAAACGUAUUUCGUUAAUCGAACAAUAAUUUAGUUUUUCCAAGCUCCAAGGAAAAACGACCAACAAUUUAACAUGCCUGUCAACAAGAACGAGUUAAGGAUUUCGAUGAGCGAACAUCAGAAAGCCGAUAGAGACAUCCAAGGAGCAGGAGGCGGUGGUACAAACGGCACUUACUUAUCCUACGACAAUCCAGCCCUCACAGCAUCAUCCGAUACCAUACAUAAUUUUAGAAGUAGAAACGAUUCAUCUUAUUUAGGAAGUAAUGACUUUAUUGUGAUAGACAACACCAAAAAACGCAACACCUUCGCAGAAACAAUCAAAUCGGCUCUACCAUGGACACAGAAGAAAUUGAGGAAUUCCUGCACGAGAAAAAAGCUCUUCAGAAGGCUACCUAUACUCAGUUGGCUUCCAAGGUACAACUCAGAAUGCGCGGUGGGCGACAUCGUAGCUGGCAUUACGGUCGGCCUAACUGUGAUACCUCAAGCCUUAGCGUAUUCCAACAUUGCAGGUUUAUCGACUGUGUACGGCCUGUACAGCUCAUUCCUGGGCCCGUUUGUGUACAUCUUCCUGGGUAGUUGCAAAGACGUGCCUGUAGGUCCUUCGGCUAUUUCAGCAUUAAUGACUUUCCAGGCGACCGCAGGAUAUGGACCAGAACACGCUAUACUGCUCAGUUUCCUUACAGGCGUCGUCAUGCUUCUAAUGGGACUAUUUGGUUUAGGUUUCUUAAUUGACUUUGUUUCUGGACCGGUUUCUUCUGGAUUCACAUCGGCCGUAGCGCUGAUUAUCGUUACCUCGCAAGUAAAAGACGUACUCGGCAUACGAGCAAGUGGAAAUACAUUCAUAGAAACGUGGAAAAGCUUGUUCAGCGACAUCCAUAAUACUCGAGUGUGGGACGCGGCGCUUGGAAUCGUCUGCAUAGCGGUUCUCCUUAUAUUAAGGAUCGUCGGCACGCUGAAAUUCAAACCGAAGCAAGGGGAAGAGAUUACCAGUUUUAAAAAGCUGGUUAACAAAUUCGCUUGGUUGAUCGGCACCGCCCGAAAUGCUAUUCUAGUCAUCAUUUGCGGCUUUAUCGGGUAUUCUUUCUGUUUGAACGGGGAGCCGCCGUUUAAACUCAUCGGCCACGUUCCUCAAGGUUUGCCGAGCGUUAAAGUUCCUCCUUUCGGAUUCGAAAAAACUGUGAAUGGAACAACAAUCAGCUACUCGUUCGGGCAGAUGGUCUCGAACCUAGGCAGCGGCAUUAUCGUAGUGCCUUUGAUAGGAAUUUUGGAAAACAUUGCCGUGUGCAAAGCAUUCGCUAACGGAAAAAUGGUGGACUCUACUCAAGAAUUCAUUGCUAUCGGUGUUUCCAACAUUGCCAAUUCCUUCGUGCAAGGUUUCCCAUCUACAGGAUCGCUUUCCAGGAGUGCAGUGAAUAAUUCCAGCGGGGUAAGGACUCCUUUGGGAGGUCUCUACACGUGCGUGUUGGUCAUUUUGGCUUUGUUGUUCUUCACGCCCUAUUUCUACUACAUUCCUAAAGCUACGCUUGCCGGCAUUAUCAUUGCAGCUGUAAUAUUCAUGGUGGAAGUCAAAGUUGUGAAGCCCAUGUGGAGAUCGAAAAAAAGCGAUCUGGUACUUGGCUUUGCGACUUUCAUCGCGUGCUUGGUCCUUGCCCUGGAAAUCGGCAUAUUGGUAGGAAUUGGAAUAAAUAUGCUCUUUAUCCUUUAUCACGCGGCUAGACCAAAAAUUACCGUCGAAAAAUUAGUUUCCAAGGAAAAUAACGAAUACCUCAUGUUAACGCCAGAUAGAUGUUUAAUAUUCCCAUCAGUGGACUACGUCAGGAACCUCGUUACCAAACACAGCCUGCGUCAAGGAAUUCCUGUGGUAAUCGAUUGCUCACACAUCUAUGGCGCUGACUACACAGCUGCGACUGUCAUAGAAAUCCUAACGCAAGAUUUUGCUGCCAGAGAUCAACCGCUGUUCUUCUACAAUUUGAAGCCGUCGGUUUGCUCGGUCUUCGAGGGGCUCAGCCCCAAAGAUUUUUUCGUAUUCUAUAACGAAGAUCAUAUUGAUCAACUGUUGAAAGAACGAUCCUACGUGAAGAAAGAACGUGAAAUUCUAAGUGCUUAAUUUACUCAUUAAACUCCAAAACUUUGUACCUAUAUUAAAAAAAUUCUCAACCAGUAUUUUAGUAGUAAUUAUUAGUAUGUACAUAUACCAAUUAUUUUUUACUGUUUUAUAUAGCGCGUAUUAUUUGUAUUUUUCAAUGUAGCCGCCCAGUUUUGUAUGUUUAAAUUAUUUUAGUAUUGUAGCGAUUGAAAAACGAGUAAAUAAUUCUUUUCUAUUUAUCAUAUUAAAUAUGAAUUAAUUAAAUACUAAAGAAUUGAAUAGUCAAAGUCCAAUAAAGCGAUUAUAAAAUUGAAAUAAAUCUGUUUUUUU